AUGAGUCGUCCGUACAGCAAGCAAAGAGGUGGAGGUCGUGGGAACUAUGAUCGUGGCCCCGGACAGAGGAAUGACAACCAAGGGAAUGGGCGUGGGGGCCGCUGGCAAGGACGCGGUGGCUACAACAACAACAACAACAACAACAAGAAUGGUGGAGGAGGAGGUGGUGGUGGUGGUGGUGUGGCGACUUCUGUCAUGACGACGCUGUUGGAUCUCCUCUUCCAGAAGUCGUCAAACACCAUCUUCGACCCGAGCUCCGGUAUGCUGAAUCUCUCCAGCUUCCAUGAAUCACCGGACCUUGCCAGUGUGCAGCGCAGCGUAGACUUCAACAGUGUAGCAUUUUGUAAGAGCCUGGUGGAUGUGAUAAAGAACAAGAUUGGCACAUCACUGCGUAUUCUCGCGCUUAACAACAACAGCAUACGGAAAUUGACGGCGUUUCUAGCGGCACUGGAGGAGGCCGAUGUGCACCGCGGCAUAACGGCGAUUUCGGCUACGGGGAACCAAGUCUCAGACCUCACGUUUCUUGGUCCGCUGAAGAAGUACGAGAGUCUUGGGGAGUUGCUGCUGGAGGGAAACCCCGUUGCGAAACGCGGUGACUACAAGACACAGGUGCUCAAGUGCCUGCCGAAGCUCAUGAUGCUUGACGGCCAAUUGAUUGACCGUGCCCUCCUGCGGUUGCCCAACCCAGUUCCGUCCACUCUCAACGAUAUGCAGGUAAACGUACUGCGUUUUCUUGAGACUGGUGUGUUCGCCGCUGCUGCUGCGGGCAACUACGAUGCACUUGUUAACAUGUACGGCCCAACGGCGGUGUGCAGCGUGAGCCGUGCGGAGGAGCCCAUCCCGCGACACCUGCCGCUCGACGCGGCACACAACUGCCAGGCACUGAGCGGACCCCAGCGAAACAUCAUGACCAACGACUUUGUCCUCCUGCGCAAGCACGUCCAGUGGCGAAACCUUCACAGUGACGUGCACUCGCUGCGCCACGUCGCCAUUGGGCGUGCCAAGGCCUCGCUGGCAAUCCAGUCCAUUGGCGGUGGCACCAAGAAGUUCAUCACCGUGUCGCACGAGCUCAACGGAAACGCCAGUGUGGUGUUCCUCUCGCAGAACAUGAAGGUUCCUACAUGUGUUGUGACGAUCCACGGCAGACUCUUUUGGCACUGGUCCCCAAAGAAUAGCGACGGCACCGACGUAUUUACGAAGGCGGAGGCACCAUUCUUUGCCUGCUUCUUUGACCGCACCAUGACGCUGCUGCUAGACAGUACCGGUAGCACAUGGACCAUCCAAAACGAUAUGGUUUUUCUGCGCCCUGAUCGCACACUGGUGCGUGGGGAUGGCACUGCGAGCUCUCCGCUAUUCUUCGCGAAUGAGGCGUCGAGGGUGGAGACGAUGCGCCGCCGCUUCAUGCCGAAGGCCUCCCCGGAGGUCAUGCGUGUUGUGAUUGAGCGCCUUGGCAGCGAUGCAGAUGUUCAGGCGUUCAUCAUGGGCCACCUCGCGACGUUGCCAGAGCAGCGUGUCGCACAGGCAAUGACAGACUGCGAGGCUAUGGCGUCUAUCCUUGCUGGGUGA